CAGGCCAAUGGAAUCACAAUAACCUUGCACGCCCGAGCCGUCGGAGCUCCCCCACCACCCUCUCAUAGGGGUUGGGUUGGCUGGGUCUUUCUUUCUCCAUGUCACACCUCACCGCAGCUCCGCCAUCAGAGCCACCGUCGGCGGCGGUGAAUUCAUUGUACAAACAGAAAUCGUGGUCGCCGGACACGUUUCGCGAUGAGGCGUGGCAGCGGCGGAAGGGUACCCAAGGUAGCCGCUUAAAACAGCGGAGCAAGAGCGUUACCGAUGAAGACCUCGAUGAGCUCAAGGCUUGUAUUGAGUUAGGGUUUGGAUUUGACUCGCCUGAAAUGGAUCAACGAUUGUCUGAUACUUUCCCGGCUUAUGGCCUUUUUUACGCUGUUAAUAAACAAUAUGCCGACACCCUUUCGAAGACUUCUUCUUUAUCGUCGGUCGUCUCCGAUUGCGAGUCACCCGCUCCUCCCGGUAUUCCCCACACCAUUGUCGAUCAAGGAGAUAAUCCUCAGACAAUGAAGACAAGGUUGCGGCAGUGGGCACAAGUGGUCGCUUGUGCAGUGCGUCAAUCUUCACAUUAAUGGAUGCUGGAUGUUGUAUGCUAGAUAUCUGUUGAAGAUGAUGAUUGUAAUUACUGUACCUGCAAUACGUUUUGGGGCAUUGAAGCAAGAAGGAACAGAAGCUAAAAAGUCAAUAGUUAAUUUUAAAAAGUAACCCAGCGAUGAACCAACUUGUUCAAUCUUAGAGCUAAUUGUCUGUUGAUAUGAUUUUCAUUAAUAUAAUUGUGCUGCAACCACAAAUGUAACAAACUCUUGUUGAUUAAUUGCUAGUAGUCAUGUUUGUUGAUAUUUGCAUCAUUGUAAAAUCUUCCAGCAAGUGGGAAAUGACUUGUGUUUCUUUGGAGUAUUGACUUUUUCCUUUUGGAAUGUUUCGUUACAUACUGUUAAGAAGUUUUUUUGGCUU